AUGGGGAAACCAAAGAGGAACGUUUUCGCAGCCGCCGAAGAAACAUCUACCCCGCCAUCCACCUUAAGUCUCACCCAAUCAAUAGCGCGCGUUGUCAAAGCCGAAGGGAACAGCCUCUACUCCUGCACCCUGCCCAACAAGAAGGCAGUGCUCGUCGAGCUUCCGUCGCGGUUCCGAAAUACCAUCUGGAUCAAGAAUGGAGGAUUUGUCCUGAUUGACACCAAAGACGCCGAUGUCCGCCAGAACAAGCUGGCUGGCGAGAUCAUAAACGUCGUUCGGAAUGAGCAUAUGUGGCGGAAGGAGUCAUAUUGGCCUAAGGAGUUCCCCAAAGCAUCUGCAUAUCCAGAAGAUUCAGACGAAGAAGAAUCCACCGUCGGAAAGAUGCCCCCUUCGUACGACUCCGAGGAGGAAUAG